AUGGGUGCCUACAAGUAUCUCGAGGAACUUGCCAGAAAGAAGCAAUCCGAUGUCUCUCGCUUCUUGCUUCGUGUUAGAUGUUGGGAAUACAGACAAUUGAACGUCAUUCACCGUGCUUCUCGUCCCUCCCGCCCCGACAAGGCCCGUCGUUUGGGAUACAAGGCCAAGCAAGGUUACGUUAUCUACCGUAUCCGUGUCCGUCGUGGUGGUCGUAAGAGACCUGUUCCUAAGGGUGCCACUUACGGUAAGCCUGUUAACGAAGGUGUUAACCAAUUGAAGUAUCAACGUUCUCUCCGUUCCACUGCCGAGGAACGUGUCGGUCGCAAGUGCCGUAACCUUCGUGUGUUGAACUCUUACUGGAUCAACCAAGAUGCUACCUACAAGUACUACGAAGUUAUCCUCGUUGACCCCUCUCACAAGGCUAUCCGUAACGAUCCUCGUAUCAGCUGGAUCGUCAACCCCGUUCACAAGCGUCGUGAAGCCCGUGGCCUUACUGCCAUCGGUAAGAAGUCUCGUGGUCACCAAAAGGGUCACCGCUUCAACAACACCAAGGGUUCUGGUCGUCGUGCCACCUGGAAGCGUCGCAACACCCUUUCUCUCCGUCGCUACCGCUAA